AUGCCCCCACAGUUGAAAGCAGAGGUAAACGUCAUGCCCAGAGUUGUCCAGGGGGAUCUGGAGAGCCUGCCUCCAGAAGCAAGGGAUUUCAUUGAAAGCAAUGCCAAGCUGUGCCAGCCUGAGAGCAUCCAUAUCUGUGAUGGCUCAGAAGAAGAAAAUAAAAAAAUUCUGGACAUCAUGGUAGAACAAGGCAUGAUCAAGAAGCUGAGCAAGUACGAGAACUGCUGGUUGGCUCUCACUGAUCCAAGAGAUGUAGCAAGAAUUGAGAGCAAAACUGUUAUCAUCACUCAAGAGCAGAGAGAUACUACUCCAAUCCCUAAAACUGGAACUAGCCAGCUGGGCCGCUGGAUGUCUGAAGAAGACUUUGAGAAAGCCUUCAACACCAGGUUCCCAGGCUGCAUGCAAGGACGUACGAUGUAUGUCAUCCCCUUCAGCAUGGGGCCUGUUGGGUCUCCUUUGUCCAAGAUUGGGAUUGAGCUGACAGAUUCACCAUACGUAGUGGCCAGCAUGAGGAUCAUGACACGAAUGGGAACAGAUGUUUUGAAAGCCCUGAACAAUGGGGACUUUGUAAAAUGCCUUCACUCGGUUGGAUGUCCUCUGCCACUAAAAGAACCAUUAAUCAACAACUGGCCGUGCAACCCGGAGUUAACGCUGAUUGCUCAUCUCCCUGAUCGCAGAGAAAUCAUUUCGUUUGGCAGUGGUUAUGGAGGAAACUCCUUACUGGGGAAAAAAUGCUUUGCUCUCAGAAUUGCCAGCAGAAUUGCCAAGGAGGAGGGCUGGCUAGCUGAGCACAUGCUGAUCCUGGGCAUUACCAAUCCAGAAGGUGAAAAGAAGUAUUUUGCUGCAGCAUUCCCUAGUGCAUGUGGAAAAACUAACUUGGCUAUGAUGAACCCAAGCCUGCCAGGAUGGAAAAUUGAGUGUGUGGGUGAUGAUAUUGCCUGGAUGAAAUUUGAUGAACAAGGCAACUUAAGGGCAAUCAAUCCGGAAAAUGGCUUUUUUGGUGUCGCCCCUGGAACCUCAGUCAAAACAAAUCCCAAUGCUAUUAAAACCAUAUUCAAGAACACCAUCUUUACCAAUGUUGCUGAAACCAGUGAUGGAGGUGUCUAUUGGGAAGGCAUUGAUGAACCGUUACCACCAGGAAUAACACUGACUUCAUGGAAGAACAAGAAUUGGACCCCAGAUGAUGGGGAACCUUGUGCUCAUCCCAACUCACGAUUCUGCACUCCAGUCAGACAGUGUCCCAUUGUGGACCCUGCAUGGGAAUCGCCUGAAGGUGUGCCCAUUGAAGCGAUAAUAUUUGGAGGCCGCAGACCUGCUGGUGUGCCUCUUGUAUAUGAGGCCUUUAACUGGCAACAUGGAGUAUUUAUAGGAGCAGCUAUGAGAUCUGAAGCAACAGCAGCUGCUGAGCACAAAGGCAAAAUCAUUAUGCACGAUCCAUUUGCCAUGAGACCUUUCUUUGGCUACAACUUUGGCAAAUACUUGGCCCACUGGCUCAGCAUGGCACAUCGUCCAGCUGCAAAACUACCGAGGAUCUUUCAUGUUAACUGGUUCCGGAAAGACAGCCAAGGGAAAUUCCUGUGGCCUGGCUAUGGAGAGAAUUCCCGUGUGCUGGAGUGGAUGUUCAACAGAAUUGAAGGGAAAGCCUCUGCCAAGCCAACUGCCAUAGGUUACAUCCCUGCUGAUACUGCUUUGAACUUGAAGGGCUUAGAGGAUGUCAACUUGACCGAACUGUUUGAUAUCUCCAAGGAGUUCUGGGAAAAGGAGGUAGAAGAAAUCAAACAAUACUUUGAAGUGCAAGUUAAUGCUGACCUUCCCUAUGAAAUAGAAAGGGAAAUGCUUGCCUUAGAGAUGAGGAUAAAACAGUUGUAG